CCCUUAGGUCCCUAAACUUUCUAAAGGCAUCUAAUAAUGCAAAAUUAGUGAUUCUCUCUCUAUAAUUUUGGUACUAAAGACUCCCUUAAGAGGAAUAAUUAAGAUUUAAUUAUGUGGAACAAUAAAAUUCAAAUAUUUUGGUAAUUUAUUCAUAAUAAAUUAAGGUUAUCUAGCAUUUUAAAUAAACUAAUUGAAACAAUAUGUCGCCAAAGUGACCUCUUUUGUGUAGAUUGGUUUAUUUGGAUGUUUAGAUGUGUGUGUGUUUCUUCAUGCGGGUAUUAACCGGCCCAAAGGAAGGUUAAUACUUGGCCGAAUUACAUACAUACUUGUGGUGGUGAAUGUGUGACAAUUAUAAGGUUUCCAUGUAAAUAAUAAAUCAAUCCAAAGAUAGGUUUAUUAUUUGACAGGAGUUAUUGUCAAUGUUUGAUCACUACACCGAGAGUACCACUUGCAAUUAGUAUUACUGUCCAAAGACUUGAUAUUAAUGUUGCACUAGGUAUCUUGAGAUGGGGCUUACCAUUAUUUGAAUUUAUUGUUUAUUAAAUAUGGAUAUGAGCAUAAUUAAUUGUUUCUUUCUGUUCUCUCUACAGCUAGUUCAUCUGCUACUACAAUAUCUGCUAAUGUCAAUUCAAUUCCCAUACUUAAUGGAACAAACUUCAAGGAUUGGAAAGAGAACAUAUUGAUUGUUCUUGGCUGCAUGGAUCUUGACCUUGCACUUUGGGUUGAGGAACCCACUCCUCUUAUGGAAGAAAGUUCUCUUGAUGAAAAGAGGAACUUUGAGAGGUGGGAUCGCUCAAAUCGCAUGAGUCUAAUGAUCAUUAAGCACGGCAUUCUGGAAGCCUUUAGAGGUGCAGUAUCCGAAGGGAUAACUAAUGCCAAGGAGUUCCUUGUCGAAAUUGAGAAGCGUUUUGUGAAAAACGAUAAGGCUGAAACAAGCACGCUUUUGCAAAGCUUGAUUUCAAUGAAGUACAAGGGCAAGGGAAAUUUAAGGGAGUACAUCAUGGAGAUGUCUCAUAUUGCUUCAAAACUUAAAGGUCUAAAGCUCGAGCUAUCUGAUGACUUGCUCGUUCAUUUGGUAUUGAUCUCGCUUCCUGCACAGUUCAGUCAAUUUAAGGUCAGUUAUAACUGCCAGAAGGAGAAAUGGUCUUUAAAUGAGCUCAUUUCAUAUUGUGUGCAAGAGGAAGAAAGGUUGAAGCAAGAAAGAACUGAAAGUGCUCACUUGGCAAGCACUUCUAAGGAUAAGGGCAAGAAAAAGAAGAAGGAAUAUGAAGCUGCUCCUAAGGGUCCAGCACAAAAGAAACGAAAGGAAGACAAAGAUACUUGUUUCUUUUGCCAUCAGUCUGGACAUAUGAAGAAGGACUGUGCCAAAUAUCACGCAUGGCGUACAAAGAAAGGGCUGCCUGAACUACCGAAAGCCAAGUGAUGGUGAAAAAUACAUCUAUGUAGGUG